GUACUUUGUCCAAGAGGUUGGCUUUCAAGUUUUCACGGCGUAUGUUUCAAAGUCCAUUCCAAUGACCUGGACUGGAACUCAGCAAAAUCCGCGUGUGAAGCACUGGGAUCAAGCCUCGCCGUACCGAAUUCGAAAGCUAAAUCACGAGAAUUUCCUCAGUUGUUGAAGCGUGCAGGUGCAAGCAAACGUUUCUGGAUUGGUUUAUACAGGGAUCCCAAAAACGAGCGACGAUGGCUAUGGGUCGAUGGGUCAACCGUUUAUAUCACUUCCUGGAAUACUGGUGAACCAAACAAUGCUCGUUCAAACGAGGAUUGUGGGGAAAUUUUUAUGCGGUCAGGGGAAUCGAAAUGGAAUGAUGAAACAUGUAGUUUCCGUCGUCCUUACAUUUGUGAAAUCAAUGGUAAGUACAACAUCCUUCAUGAACAUAUAUACAAUUGAUGGUUUGAAACUGGUUUUAAGCCCAGGGGGUACUCAACAAAUGUUUAUGCGGGGAGGCUUCGUCCCCGAGUUUUCACGAAAAAGGUGCCCAUUUCGUAUACUUUCUAUUGACAAAUCGUACAUCUUUACAUCUGUUUAGAACUUUGCAUCCCUUUUAACUGCUGUAAAUACACCGUCUAUUAAAUAAGAAUCAAACACAAAAAUAGUACGUUUACUCGACUUGUCAAAGCCAUAAAAUUCAUCUGUUAGCCCCAUUGGGCCCUUUUACAGACCCAAAUGACCGAUUUCCCUACCCUUUCAUAUACUUCAACUAGUGAAAUCCCUACCCUUUUGUAUAGCUGAAGCCUGAAAAAGAUACCCCUUACGGGUGGAGCCUCCCCGUAUAGGCUAUCAUAGGGAGUAUCCCCCCCGGGGUCUUAAGGCAGGACAUAGGGCUUCAGGUCGCCCAUAUUUACUCUGGCCUGGGAUGUUCUGGUUGCUGUGGUAGGUGAUAUCAUCACCAUAUAGGGUUGAGAUACAGAGUGGAAUAUAACAUCACCGCGCUUUAAUUGUAAUACCUUUAUAAAAGGAAGGAGGGUGUGCACUGUGGCAAUUUGUAAUAAUCAUCGCGCUUUGUAAUACCUUUAACAAAUGGAUUCCGUGUUGCCAAGCAUCUGUUCAAUAAUAGAUCACAGUGGUAAAAACAGCAAAGUGGCACAUGCACCAGACUCAGACGAAUAAAUCACUGAUGUUUUUACCACAUUUUGACGCAUUCUUUGAUCUCAGUAUUACCGAACAGACCCAUUGCAACAUGGAAUCUGUUUGUUUUAUACAAUGAUCAGAAAAGAAAAAAACGACAAACUAAUGCCUCGUACCGCUUGACUGUUCGAGGAUUUGUGGACGUGUCAGCUUAAGCAUUUUCGUAGUCACAAACGGUCCUUUUAGUCUAUGCUUCCUAUUUUCCGAUAUAAUGUCACCACUAUAUAUUUUAUCCCAAAAGUCUGUCAAGGCCUCCAUUUGAUCAAAGCAGAAUAAUCGCGGAGACAUUUUGAAACUGCGAGUCGGUCGCAACAAUGCCACACGAUGGCAACUGUUGUGAAGAUUUCGUCCAGUUUAGGCAUGUUCAAGUCGUCAAGAACUGUUUUUGUCUCGGUUUGUCCGUUUUUCUAUCGGCCGUUUUUAUACUAAGGACGCAUUACAGGGACCGCGGAAGAAGCUGAAAAGUGGGAGGGCUGACAAUUGACAAUAAUUUUUUCAUAUUGAAAAUCGAAAAAAGGAUUAAAAUCAUAGUAUUUGAUUUGUUUCUGUCGCGUGACUUUGCAUACUUUAUCCAGUAUUUGGUUUUACUUUAUCCAGUAUUUGUUGCUCUUUAUAAGUCGGCAUUAGUGAAGAUACCGAAAUUCUUCAUACGAUUUUCAUUCCGUCCAGCAAAUGUGUAUGCUAAAUUACAGGAUUGCUGACAAUAAGUAGAAUAUUAUAAGUAGAAUAAAUACAUAACCCAUCACCAAAAAUCCAAUUACACUUAACGAAUAUUAGUCAGAAACAACUCGCACUUCCAAAAACUGAAACUUUUAACAAUAUAUUGAAAUGUUUACUGGUCAAACUCAAACUCACCAUUUUCACUGCAAGUAGUUGUCGUCUUUGUGCAGAGCUUUAGUAUAGAGAAUACUACACUGAAGGGAUCUGAAAAAUUUCUAACUAUGGCCGUUCACUGUUCAAGUAAUGUAGUCCCGGGAAUGUAGUUCUUCUUGCCAUCGAAUAUUUCAUUGAUUCCAGAGGAAAAAGACAAAAUAUAAAACUUUUAUCAACUCAAAACAACUACUCAACUUCGUUUGGCUUGAAAAAGCUAGUAAUUUUCUUCAUUUCGUCUGAUAAAACUGAUAAAAAACUCUGCCGGAGCUGGAAGUCCAAAACACGCUGCCGAACGAAGCGAAGGGGUGGCCAAGGCAUGGCGUUUGAUCAAGGAGCAAGUCGGCCCCAGGGCACAAUUACCGCGGAAAGCACAGGAGCCCCACAAAAUGCCUGGUGUUUGAAAUUAAAGAAAAUACAGCGAAUAUAGCGGAAUAUAGACGAGGAAAAACUUGUUUCAAGUCUUUUUUUUAUUUUAAUUAUUUUUCUUUUUAGCGCAAAAAGUGGGGGCGGGGGCGCAAAAAGUGGUGGGGCCGCGGCCCUGCCAGCCCCUCCCCCUCCGCGGUCCCUGUCAUUAUCCGUCUGAACGAACUUGGGCAAACAUUUUUGUAGUUUGUCUGUUUAUGCGUCUUUAGCAUGAAGACGGGCACAAGACGGAUGCAUUAUGCGUCCACACGAACUACCUUUCGUAGUGCGUCUUUCAAGACGUAUUUCGAAGGAAAGUUCGUCCAGACGCAUAAUGCGUCGUGUGCCCGUCCGGACUUUUGACGCAUAACGAGAAGAACUACAAAUGUUUGCCCAAGUUGGUUAAGACGGAUAAUGCGUCUUCUGGUACAAAAACGGCCAAUCUUUAGUUAUCACAUUCUCUUGCUAUGAGAUUCACUUUUGAGGCUCUUUUAUGACACUUAUCGUGACAUAUCGCCUCGUUGGUAUCAUCCGAUUCCCUUUUUAUUGUCGCACCAUUCAUAAAAAUUAUCGUGUCUCGUCUGCUUUGUUUGUUGCUAUUUUCCAGGGGCUAACAGAAAUCUUUAUAAGAAGCGCUAUCAAGGGUUAGCAUGCUUAUUUUGUGAUAUACAUUCACUUAAUGAGUUUACGACCACCACAGAUGAACUAGGAAUUACUGUUACCUACUGUUAAUGUUAAAAUGGAAACAGAGUGGGUUCCACUAAAAUAUGAGCAACAGAAACUCAAGGGAUGAACUUUUAUCAUAAAGGUAAUUUACUUUAGUAUGCAGAGAAACGACAUUUUUUUGGCAUCAAUUCAACUUCAUGAUGCGGCGAGACGACUUUACUUCUUUGCAGCGUAUGGAUUUCAUUAUGCAGCGAAUUGUAGCGAAACGACUGUACACCAUGCUCUCUUGACACUACUUAGAAACCAAACAGCUAGUGUCGAUUUCUUCUUCUUCUUCUUCUUCUUCUUCUCCUUCUUCUUCUUCUUCUUCUUAUUAUUAUUAUUGUUAUUAUUAUCAUUAUUAUUAUUAUUAUUAUUAUUUUCGCAACUGCAAAAGUUGCGUCUAUAACUGUGAUGAUCUACUUUCAUAUAAUUCUUCACCCCGCAGUUCACAUAUAUGAUUUUCAUAUAUUUAUAACUUCAUCAUCAUCUUUUCACGAGUUUAUAACGAAUCAAUUCAAUGAUCUACUCCCAGUUGGCUUGUUAGCUCAGUGGGUAAGAGCGCUGCACCGGUCUCGCAGAGGUCAAGGGUUCGAAUCCCGUACAAGUCAGAAUUUUUUUUCAGGCUUUCUUUUCGCAACUGCAAAAGUUGCGUCUAUAACUGCGAUGAUCUACUUUCAUAUAAUUCUUUUACCCCGCAGUUCACAUAUUUUCAUUCAUUCAUAACUUCAAAGGUGAGCUAUCUUCCCUCUAAUGUGUAAUUAGGAUCCCUACAUGAAAAUUUAUUUUCGCGGUCUAUUUGCCCCUGAAUUUAUCGCCUGACAUAAUUUUUUAAAAAAGUUAUUAAUAACGCUGCUCACACUACAUUUCUUUAGAGCCAUUGAUAUUGUGUUUUGGUCUAUAAAGUUAUCGCUUAGUUGAGCGGAAAAAAAUGACUACUGCCAACAGGAGUCGACCUUCUGGUGACUUUUCCAGAUGCUCUACCACAUGGGAGACUCGUAAGAGUUAAAAACAUUAGACUGGGUUCAUUUAGGAGUCUGGUUUAUUUGAAGAGAGGCUAGAGGUCCACCUCUAAAUUUUAUGUUUUGGAAGUAUUAAGUGCGAGGAAAGGUGACAGGGGGUCCAAACCUCCCGUACCUUGCAUAUCCGGCUUCCUCCCCUUUUUUCUUAGCUUCUUCCCUUUAGCUAUUUUUCGAUUGCGAAAUAUUAAGCAUGGGUUCAGUAAUUUUCAACUAUUUCUUUUGCCUCUGUUCCGUUUCUCUCCCGCCUCCCCCACCCCUUUCGCCCCUUUUCUCCCGUGUUCCAACCCUUCUAUCCUUCCCCACAAGUGUAGGCAGUCCAAAGAUAUUCGUUAAGGGAAACUGGGAAAGUGAACGGAAACUGUAGACGGUCAGUGGAUGGUGGCAUUUAUUAUAUUCAGAGAAUAUAUAGCUGGAGGGGUCAGCUCUUAAAUCUUUUUACGGUGAGAAAUCAAGUUUAUCAACUCCGUCGAUAAAACUAACUUCCCCCGCCCAUACCUCUGCAGCGCCAAAGUUCCGAGUAACCUUGCGAUAUUAAAAAAAGGUGUGUUUUUUUUUCUCGAGGGAGCGCGAAAAUCACCUAAAAGUCGCCUCCAAAGGAAAAAAAAGGGACAAGGACCGCCUUAUCACUGGUUAUUUCCGAGUUAAAACUACUCAACUAGGUCCUUAAUUUCUGAGUUGUAAGUUAGAAACUAAGAAAAAUCUUGUAGUGCCAAAGUACAGGCGCGCUUAUUUUAAAACACUUCCUAAUGAUCGACCUGGAUAUUAAAUCAGCAGUGGACGAAAAAUUUCUAGAUUAACACCAAAUAUUUGCUUGAGGCAAAUAUGAUGCAAAGAAGUGAAAACUACAGUGUAGGAGGAAAUCAGGGUGAGGGUAAAUACCGCAAUUGAAUCCUAAUUUACAAGAUAGGGUUGCAAAUUCAGGGGCAAAUGCGGUAUUUACCAACUUUGUCCCUGAUUUCCUCGUAGUUUGUACUUUUCAGUAUUAUGUUCGCCCUGAGCAAGUUUGGUGUACAUCUUAUUUUAUGGGCAGUGAUGAAAUAUUUAGAAACUUGACCGGAUUUUAAAUUCAAAGAUGUAUCUCAAAUCUCAAUUUAGUGCCUAAUCUGUACGCAUAAUAAGGAAUCAGCGCAGUCAUAAACGCAAUUGAAUUAAGAAAUUACAAUCCUGACCUCAAUUCUUAUAUAAUUAAUUAUCUUUUAUAGGUUGCCCUCAUUAUUGGACUCCACACCAAUCUUCUUGCUAUAAACUAUCCUCUAAUACACUGGAAUGGAUCGCGGCAAAAUUUGCGUGUAAAGCACUCGGAUCUAAUCUCGCAAUGUUGGAUUCACCAACUGAACAACGAGAAAUUGGUUGGGGAAACAGAACAUGGAUUGGUUUGCACCGUGACUCAAGUAACAACUCACGCUGGCAAUGGAUUGAUGGUUCGUUAGCGGUUUACCUAAACUUUGCUAACCAAUCAAACAAGUGGAAUGAUACUGAAGAUUGCGUAGAAAUGUAUCCGUCAAGGAAAUGGAAUGUCUUGAACUGCAAUACUUCUCUUCAUUAUUCUUGUGAACUAUCGUCGGGUAGGUCACGUUAUUUUCAGACAACAAGAAAUGAAAUAGUUUUAUAUUCGAAGAGACGUAUCUCAAAUGUUUUCUGACAAUUUUUUUUUUGUUUUUUAAAAAGGAAAAGUCACAAUGGUGUAGAUUGAAAUAAUAAUAGUUGCUAAAGGACUAGCCUAGCAUUUUAUAUUUUAUACUAACUAAUGCGAUGCACUUGUGUAGUGCAUUUUCAAGAGUUACUAGUAACGAAGGGGCCUUACCUACCUAUUUACAUUUUCUGCACACACACACACAAACUCUUUAUUGUCUUUAAGUCGCAGUUAUUCGUCUGCGUUCACUACCCAAUAGCGGUUUUCUGGAGAAUUGGAUAAUAUUUUCCCAGAUUUGUAACAAGAUUGCACGAUGGUUUUAUGUUCGAUUCUGCAGUAAACACAACCUCGUUCCCAGGGUCCUCUCCUUCUCUCCGGAAUGAGAGAGAGACACUUCGGAGGAAGAGUAAAAUAGAACCCUGGAAACUAGGUUGCAGCAGACUAAGGCGAAUCGCAAACUUAACUGAAAUCAAGGACACAAAUAACUCUUCGCGAAAAAGGAAGGUUGCUAAAAUUUCCCUACGUCCAUGAGCUCAAUACCAGUGACUGCAUGUUCGAGAAUGUUCUUUUUCGGUUGGAAGAAGUUUCAUUCCAUUGUGUUGAGCAUUCUAAUGAAAUUGAAUUAAAAAGACAACAAAUGAGAAGAAAAAAACAAAACAAAAACAUAAAUUUCAAUUAAUGAAGAGCCUAAGUUGAGGAUCAGUCCCAGAAAACUGUUAUAAUUAUUGCUUUAGACAAAGGCAAAACGCAGCUAUAAACUUUUUGACACAUUUAAAGGUCUAAGUAAUCUAUUACCAGUGUCGUGAUUGUUUAUCUCCUUUACUUUUUAAACUUUCUUUAUAUCUCCUCUUUUAAAGAAUUUACGUGCCGAAAACUCUCCUUAAAUGAGGUACAAAUUUUGCCCGGCAAUUGUGUUUUAUACAAUCAAAGAUACGGCUCAAUUUGCUCAUUUUCCUGCGCUACUGGAAAACAAAUUAGUGGUCCUUCAUCUGUUCGGUGCGGAAUAAGAGGAUACUGGAGCGAGGAAGUGAACGAAGUCAGUUGUAAUGGUUCGUAUAACUGUAAUUUUUGUUUUUUUGCUUCUUGUUACCCUUGUUUUUCUCUUGAUGUUUCAAGCAGCGUUAAAAAAUAA